UACUGAUGGUAGAUAUGGAUCACUGUGUGAUGAGAUGUGCGCAGAAAACUGUACCAAGUGCGCUCAAGAUGGAGGGCAGUGCUUGGUUUGCAAUGAUGGUUUUUACGGCACGUCAUGCACACAAACAUGUGGUCAGUGUGAGAGUAACCACUGUGACGUAACCAGUGGCAACUGUGAGACGUGUCAGCCGGACUGGACCGGACAACGGUGUGACGUCAAAGUGGACAUGCAGACUACUGAUAUCAACCAAUCUGAAGAUGAAGAGAGUUACACAUGGCUAUACAUUGUAAUAGGAGUUGGCAUUGUGGUUGUUCUGGUUUUGAGUAUAGUGUGUGUAGUCAAACGAAGAACAACCACACCAAGAGAUAGUACAUUGCCGUCUAUCGUGAAAUUUGAAAAUUCAAAUUCUCCAAAUAACCAAACCAAUCCUGCGGGCGAAGAGCAAGGACAUGUCCUAAUAAACAUUGGAACUACGGAAUCAGAUCCUAUCGAAGGGCCUGUUGGUAUCUCUGUUACCAUGCUGAAGACGAUGAUUGUUGAAAAAAUGGCAGAUGAAGAAAAAGAGUUCAUUUCGGAAUUCAAUGGAUUUCCGACAGGGUCAUGCCAUCCACACACAGCAGCGGAAAUAAAUAAGUCGAAAGAUAGAUUCAAAUCUAUACAUCCAUAUGACCACUCAAGGGUUAUACUUGACUCUGUCGGAAAAGGCUCGGACUACAUUAACGCUAACUAUAUUGACAAUGUUGAAGCCAGCAAAGUAUAUGUUGCAACACAAGGUCCCAUCCUAACAACGAUCGAUGACUUUUGGAGAAUGGUGUGGAAAUUGAAUUCCGGAAAGAUAGUGAUGCUUACUAAUCUGAUCGAAAAGGAAAAGACAAAAUGUGAAAAAUACUGGCCAGAUGAAGGGGAACCUAUGUCAACAAAAACGUUUUACAUCAUGCAGAACAGAGAACGAGAUUAUGCCUCCCACGUUGUUAGGAAUAUCACAGUUGUCGAUCGAAAGACCAAAGAAAAAAGAGACAUCUAUCAGUUUCAUUUCACAACCUGGCCGGACCACGGAACACCAAAUACAUUAGAACUUGUUUUGUUGCAUCGUCGUGUGAAGCUAACCAAAUCUGUUCUACCUGGCCAAAUGGUUAUUCACUGCAGUGCCGGAAUCGGUAGGACAGGAACGUUCAUCGCUCUUGACGCCCUGUUUGACUAUGGUAAAAGAUAUAACCGUGUCGAUAUACCACAGUUUGUGACUACGAUGAGAAAGGACAGAAUGUGCAUGAUUCAAACACUGGAACAAUACGUGGCUCUCCAUGAAAUCCUGGCGGAAGCUUUCGACCUUCAAGAAACCCUCAUACCGAAAUCGACGUUCGUGGCCAAGUAUCACGAUUUAGCUUCGAAGGGUCAACCUCAAAACCAAACACAGCUGAGGGAUGAGUUUAGACUUAUGUUGGAUCUUAAACCAGACUACAAAUUAGAACAGGACUUUUUGGCUUCUACACUUCCACAAAAUGUAACAAAAAACAGGACAAUGGAAAUAUUGGCAGCUGAUAGAUACAGGCCUUUCCUGACGUCGUAUACAUCCAAUGGUAACGAUUAUAUCAAUGCUGUUGUAACACAGUCCUACAUUGCCAGAAGCGGUUACAUAGUCACACAGUUCCCACUACCGAACACAAGAGUCGACUUUUGGACUUUAAUGAUGGACUACCAAUGUGAUUCUGUUGUCAUUUUAGGGGACGAAAAUGACUCUGAACCGGACACACAAUGGAUCCCAGCCAACAAAGAAGAUAUUGAUAUCGGUGACUUCAAUGUGAAACAAAAGGGAACCUCGACCGAAUUCAAUGGUGUGGGUGUGAUCGAUCUAGCAGUGACAAGAAAGAACGUAAAGGCUGUACACAACUCAAGAAUAUUUCGGAUGAAAGAAUGGACAGCGGAAAGAAAUGUUCCACCUUCAAAACAGUCGACUCUUCAUCUGCUUGAGCAGGUGGAAAGUAGGCGACGAUCUAGUGGAAGUAAGCCUGUUGUAGUCAUGUGCAGGGAUGGAUCGACACAAUGUGGACUGUUUUGUCUCAUGGCUAACACUCGGGACCAACUCAAAAUGGACGAAGAAGUGGAUGUGUUCCAGGCCGCACGGCAGCUUCUCAUCAGACAACCAGAGUUUCUAGCUACUUUUGACCAGUAUGAGUUUUGCUAUGCCAUUCUGAACGAUUACCUUGAGACCACGGAUGUGUACAUCAACUGAGGAUCGUUUGAGUGGACAAUAUACAGCUUAUUCUAGGAUAUGGCGACUACUGUUAAUGGGGAAGAAAGUAAGCUAGCGGUCAUUGGACUGUAUGUAUGCAGAAGCUAAUGAAAGCUGUGAUGUUUAUUCUGAUUUGUAUUCGGGCGACGGGUACAAGCAUUUUCCCGAAAUAUUGCAGCCAUUUUACAUAUUACUAUGAAUUGAUAUUAUCUGGAAUGGUUACCCAUACUUGUAUAUAGUUUCGUUGAUGUUUUUGCAUGUGUGUGUAAAACUUACCAUACAUGUUUAAGUAGAUUAUGUAUUCUUCUAUUUUUAUUACAUAUUCAUCUGCAAGGAAUUAUAGAUAGCAUAUAUAUUUGAUACUUUCUUCAAGAUUUCUCAUUGUUUUGCUGUGUGUAAAUGUUAAACCAUGCAAGUGUAUAAGGUAUAUACAUUGUACAUGCAUAUCUACAUAAAUGUUUUAAUAUCAGCUGUAUGAAAUUUUAUAUAAAAGCCAGACGGAUUUAUGAAACCGUUAACACGUCUUCUUUCCGAAGAAAACUGGAAAGCUUUGCGUUUUUGAAGUUGUAACUGCAUAUAUUUUAAACAGUUACAUUUUCAUAUUUGAACUUUUCAGUGGUCGUAGAAAUAAAACGAGCUGAAAGAUAUAAUGUUAAACAUAGUUAACUUAGAUUUUUCCAAAUACGGUGAUAAGCAAUAUUUAGAAAGCAUUUCAUGUUUAAUUAAUCAAAUUUGUCUGAAUGCUGUAAACUGAUAAUAGUUUGUUCUCUUGAAACCUUAAAACUCUAUUUGUAUCUGUAUGAUUUAUAUACAGAGAUUCGAUACCAUUACAGCUUCUUCAAAUAUGUCCCUCUAUUGCAAAGGUGUUAUUAUUUGUUCAAUUGUUUUUAAUGUCAACUUUACUUUGCUAAUAUCAAUUACAAACUGAAUUAUGAUGUAUUAGGUAUAUAUGUGUGCACCCACUCAAUCAAAUCCAUAGCAUGUGGCCAUUAGCAUGUUUUAGUUCAUCUCACCUGAAGGGUCAGGAUAGCCAUCGUGAUCCGUCCGCCGUCGCCCGCCGUGCGCUGUUAAACUUUUACUUUCAAAACGCUACUUCUCCUUAAUCCCAAGCGAAUUACUACCAAUAUAAUUAAGGCUGGUGCGACCCCAAAAGUGGAUUGGGUAGGGCUCCAAAAGGGGAACUUUGCUAUAAUUUUGCUUUCUAUACAUCAUGGUUCAAUUGUCAGAUGACCGUUAAGGGACAUGACCCUCUUGUUUUAUAAUUUAAUCCUGAUGAAAUGUUGCCAUUGUAUUACUGUUAGUAGUGCACAUGAUGUUUAGAACAAAAGUAGACACAGUUUAGUCUUUAGUAGUACACAAGGUUUAGACUGUAGUUCGCGAUAUCACACGAACCUCAAUGCAUUUAUACUAUAGCAUCGAGGCAUCAAGUUGUACAACUGAUUAGAUAUUAGUAUUCUUUGGUCAAGAUAAAAGAUUUAAGGUCACGCUUGACCACUUAUUAUUAAAUAAGCUGUGUACAUGGUAUCUCAUAUACCCCUGGACAAAUUUAUACAUAUUCACACCAAAAUCACAGCAUGGAUUCUAGAUGUACAUAUGAGUAGAUUUUGGUGGCAUCGGUCAAUAUUAAAGGUCGAAGUAAAAGACCGCACUUGACCACUUCAGAAAACAAUGAUAAUUGUUAUAUACAUGUAAUCGGUAAUGUUUUUUUCUUUUACCACAUAAACGUCCUUAACCAAAAGUCAUCAUAAGUGACUCAAAUUCAUCCGCAAUAUUAGUGUUUAUAUUGUUGCAAAUUCUAUGUAGCAAGGACUUGAAUUUUAUACAAUACAUGUAUACAGCUAUGUAUGUACUCCUGUUUUUAGCAGGAAUUGGAUCCAAUAUGCAUGAGAUGUAUAACCUAACAGUGUUACUCAUUGACUUACUAUGUCCCUGUUUGUGUGGGAGUGGUUAAUCUGAACAGUAUCUGUAGAUCUUGUGUAUUAAUCAGGGUCUGAAGUUGGUUCCGAGUUCCGAGUUCCGUUUUACAUAAACGGAGUUAGUUUAUAGUUCCGUUUAUCUCGAAACUAGGACCAUGUCUCAUAAAUUUUAUACGUGACUGAUAACUGCCUUUGCACCCAUUGACACAUAUUGUUUUUCUUCUUCAAAUUCGGGUCUCAUAUUGAAAAAAAAAAUGCGUAGAAUAUAUUCUUAAGCGAAAUUCGGGGAACUGGUUCCUAGUUCCGUUUUACUUAAACUCGGAACUCAGAACCAACUUCAGCCUCCCUAUUAACCAUUAGUCAAUUAUUCAAAAAUGUUUCGCCCGGUCCAUAUCAAAGAACAAAAAACCGACCAAAUACAAAUAUUAUCUACACGGGCACUUACUCCCAACAUACUGAUAAAGUCAAAUACUUGGGCGUCACAAUCAAACUAAGCCUCAGAUGAAAUUCCCACAUUACUAACAUAUGUAACAAAGCUAACAAAGCUUUGGUCUUCAUUCGGCGUAACCUUAAUUAUAAAAACAAUUACAGAACAAGGUAAAAAGUAGUGUGUGCCUCUAUCUUCGGAAUAUGCUUGUACUAUGUGCAACCCCUACCAUAAAGGUGACAGCGAAGAGCAGCGAUCGUUUUGUCAAUAACAUGUAUAUAUCACAAUAUUUCAAGUGUUAGCGACAUGCUAGAAUAUCUGCAUUGGCCGAGCUAAAUAUGUAAUUGGCGCAGGGACGUUCAUCUUAUCCUGAUGUAUAAAACAUCCUACAACCUUGUUGUUGUUAGUAAAAACCUCUACUUCUACCACAGAUCCGUCAGACUCGACAUUUCAUCCUUUCUCCUAUCACAUAUCUAGCUGCAUCUGGUAAGUAUUCAUGAAAGAAAUAUUAGCUUCUACUUUGCUUACACAUUCAUACUAGGCAGAUGCAGAGCUGUUGUAGGACGACUCUUUCUUUCAUAAAAAUAUCCAGAUUGGAACAAACUUCCACCAGAUCUUGUCACAGCCGACUGUCUUGAAAGCUAUAAAGCCCCCUCAAAGCUCGUUUUCAAUAUGACGUCCUCAUCCCCUUGUUCAUAGCACACACCAAUCCACAUAAUCUCCAGUAUGGUGAAGGAAGUCGAUUAACAGUUAGAUGUAAAGUUUUACAUAUAUUUAACCAUUCUUGAUUCUCUUGAGUUUCGCAAAACGUUGUUUCCAACAAGAAAAGUGCGUAUGUGAUCGUAAAACCUGUGGUAGUGCCGUUUUAAUUAUCUAUCUACAAAAUGUAUUUAUCUACAUUAACUCCAUGAAUGAGUGAUAUCAUCAAUUCGAAUAAGUGUUAUCAUUAAUUUGAUUUAGUGAUAUUAUUGAUUCGAAUGCGUGAUAUCACAGUUUGCAGAUGAAUACUAAAAUGGUCCCCUAUACAUAUUGUAGUAUCUCUAUAUACCUGUACAUGGUCCCCUAUACGUAUUGUAGUAUCUCUAUAUACCUGUACAUGGUCCCCUAUACGUAUUGUAGUAUCUCUAUAUACCUGUACAUGUACGAUUUAGAUAUGUUUUACAAUGUUAGUGUACGUUGGCAUGUCUUGUGCAAAACUUCCAGAACGUUUAGGUGAAUAUAAUGUAUAGAAAAUAAAGUUGCAUAUAUCAAAGCUA